AACUUAUAUUAUAUACAAUAGGAGUACACGUAGGUAUAUACUAUAUAUUAUCCUAUUAAUGGAUUCCCACUAUAUAUAGGAAGAGGUAAACACAGAAGGUGCGUUUCAACCAUUUCCUAGUUUUGUUUUGUAGAGAGAGAGGGAGAGAGAAGAGAGCUAGAGAAGGCAAAGCCCUUGCAAUUCUCAUGAACUGUGGAGUCGUGUUGGGUUUCUAUUGCUGGGGUUGGGAGUUCUUAACUGCCCUUCUUCUCUUCUCAGCCCCGGCAUCAUCUUCAUCUUCGUCUUCUUCUUAAUUUAAUUCUCCUUUUUAAUUAAUAUAUAGUUUAUAGGCUUAUUGUUAGCUAGCUAGCAUCUCGAUCUCUGCGUUUCUCUCUCCUCUCUGUCUCUCUCUCUCUAUAAAUAUAUAUAUAUAUAGCCGAUCGAUCAUGGAUAUUAAUAUUAAUAAUAAUGAAUGUGAAAAGGGUGGUUUGAUCUUAGAAUAUGUUAGAAAACCAUCCCCACCACCAUUCUUGUUGAAGACCUACAUGCUAGUGGAGGAUCCGGCUACAGACGAAGUGAUUUCGUGGAACGCCGACGGCACGGCUUUCGUGGUGUGGCAACCGGCUGAGUUCGCCAGAGAUUUGCUUCCCACGCUCUUCAAGCAUAGCAACUUCUCCAGCUUCGUUAGGCAACUCAAUACUUAUGGAUUUCGCAAAGUUGCAACAAGCCGAUGGGAAUUUUGCAACGACAUGUUUCGAAAGGGUGAAAGAGAUCUACUAUGUGAAAUUCGUCGCAGAAAAGCAUGGACAAACAAGCCACAACCACAUGCAGCGCUCCAAACCGUGGCAAAAGAUCAAUCUGAUGACGAUCAACGGUCAUCGUCAACAUCAUCGUCGUCCGGACAUAGCAGCCUUGUGGAUGAGAACAAACGUCUGAAGAAGGAAAAUGGGAUCUUAAGCUCCGAGCUCUCGAGCAUGAAAAAGAAAUGCAAUGAACUACUUGAUUUGGUGUCCAUUUACACCAACUCAUCGUCGGAGAAAGAAGAAGAAGAGAGUCAUGAGGGGCCUAAGUUGUUUGGUGUGAGAUUGGAAGUUCAAGGAGUGAUGGAGAGGAAGAGAAAGAGAGCAGAGAUUAGUAGUGAAAGUGCAAGUUUUAAUUUGCUAUCUCAGUCGUGCAAAUAGCUAGGGAAUAUAUAGAUAUAUAUAUAUAUACCCCAUGCAUGUUGAAAAACUAAAUCAAGAAGCAUGUUACUUAAAAACAAGUGGCUUGCUUACAUUAAUAAUAUAUAUGCAAUGCAUUAGUGAAGGAGAUGUUUAAUUCAUGCUUAAUACAUGUACAUUAUUGUGUACUCUCUUUCAGAGGCACAAACCAUUAAUAAUACCACUAUGAGUAUGAGAAGUGGCAUGUAUGCUUUUAUUUUGGUGCAA